AUGUCAACCGGAUUGGCAUUUCGUACCUUCACUAUCCGUUGGGUUGUUCUGCUAGGUCUUGCAUCUCUUUCUGUUAAUGCCCUCACAGUCACCCACCCUUUUGCAAACACAAAUAUUGUCGCAGGCGAAGAUACUCUGGUAUCCUGGAGCGAUGUGAAUGCAGGAACAACCAGCAUCCUUGGCGCCAUACUUUUGGUGAGACGAUCAAAGAGGAAAAAUGAGCCUGAACGAAAUAUCCAAAGAGCCUCCAACCUAUUUAAAGAUCCAAGCGGACACCACGGAACCGGAGGAUUCGAUGAAACUGAUAAUAUCAAAGACGCACAACACCUCCAUCAUCAAAGCCAAAUCCAAAACCAGAGCGGUGGUUACACAGAUUACCGCCAGCCUCAAUAUCCGGCCUACGCAGAACCUAACAACAACUAUGCCGACUAUGGAUACGGUGGAGACAAUGGUGGCGGUUACUAUCCUCCAUCUGUACCGAUCGGAAGGUUUGAAAACAGUGGAUACCAUCGGCAGAGUAAUGUCGUGAGCCCUAGUCCUGGUCCCGGCCAGAACCAAGGCCAGAACCGAGGAAUUCCAUACUCUCCUCCAAUGCAGACAAUGCCAGCACCCAUGCAAGAGUAUAGUUCGAGUAGAUACCAGUAUACACCUCAACUGCAGUUCCAACCACAGUGGCAAGAACAGCAGAAUUAUUACGACUAUCCAAACGACCCUACAGGAGGAAUGAACGAAAUGCCACCAUCUCAUAACCAACAAGGAUUCUAUUACCCUCAAUACGACCAAUACGACCCAUACCUACAGCAGCAGCAACAACAACAGCCACCACUUCCACAGCAUUCUGUAGUAAACCAACCAAUGGCUAUGCCAGGUUAUGCACCUCAGCAACAACAAUAUCCUAUUGAUUCUAGAUCUCCUGAACCUAUUAUUGUCUCCCAAUCUCCUCCCCCACCCGGAGCCAAUAGUAAUAUAUCUGAUGCAAGGCAGUCAAGGAUGUCUUCUGAUCAGAGAAAUUCUUUUGACCAGAGAAAUUCUUCUGAGCAGAGAACAUCUAUGCCCGAAGAUCAAAGACGUGUAAUGUCGCCAACACGAGCAGCACAGGACAGUUCUAAAUUAGUUGUGUAA